UUCCUUAUAUUCUUAACCCUUAUAGUGAGAAAAAUAGGAAACAAAAACAAGAAAGCUGAGGAAACACCUUAUAACAUGCCCCAUGGACCUAGAAAGCUACCUAUUAUAGGAAAUAUGCACAAUCUGUUAUGUUCUCUGCCCCAUAGAAAAUUAAGAGAUCUGGCCUUAAAAUAUGGACCCUUGAUGCAUCUUCAACUUGGAGAGGUUUCUACCAUUGUCAUUUCAUCCCCUGAGUGUGCUAAGGAAGUGAUGAAAACCCAUGAUAUUAACUUUGCCACAAGGCCUAAAGUCCUAGCUAUUGAUGUAAUCAAUUACAACUGCACAAACAUUGCUUUUGCUCCUUAUGGAGAUUAUUGGAGGCAACUAAGAAAAAUUUGCGCAUUAGAGCUUUUAAACCUAAAACGUGUCAACUCAUACCAGCCAAUCAGAGAAGAGGAGCUCUUUAAUCUUGUCAAAUGGAUAGAUGCGCAUAAAGGAUACCCCAUUAACCUCACCGAAGCUGUACUUUCAUCAAUUUAUGCAAUUGCUUCAAGGGCUGCCUUUGGCAAGAAAUUCAAAGACCAUGAAAAAUUUAUAUCGGUGAUUAACAAAAUAACCAAAGUUGCUGGAGGUUUUUACAUUGGAGAUUUCUUUCCUUCUGCUGUUUGGUUGCAACAUGUCACUGGCAUGAGGCAUAAGCUCGAGAGUGUGCAUCAAGAAGCUGAUCAGAUAAUGGAAAACAUCAUCAAUGAGCAUAAGGAGACAAAGUCUAAGGCCAAAGGUUACCAAAGGGAAGCAACAGAUCUUGUGGAUAUUCUCUUACAGUAUGAAGAUGGUAGCCAACAAGAUUUUUCUUUAACUAGGAACAACAUCAAGGCAAUAAUUCUGGACAUUUUUGGUGGCGGUGGCGAGACAUCAUCAACAACCAUAGAUUGGGCGAUGGCUGAAAUGAUGAAGGAUUCAAGAAUAAUGAAAAAAGCACAAGCUGAGGUUAGAGAGGUAUUCAACAUGAAAGGAAGGGUUGAUGAAAAUUUCCUCGAUGAACUCAAAUAUUUGAAAGUAGUUGUGAAAGAGACCUUGAGAUUACACCCUCCAACUCCUCUUUUGCUUCCAAGAGAAUGUGGUCAAACAUGUGAGAUACAUGGCUAUCACAUACCUGCCAAAAGCAAAGUCAUAGUCAAUGCUUGGGCAAUUGGAAGAGAUUCAAACUAUUGGACCGAACCAGAGAGGUUUUAUCCCGAGAGAUUCAUUGAUAGCAGUAUUGACUACAAGGGGAGUAAUUUUGAAUACAUUCCUUUUGGAGGUGGAAGAAGGAUAUGCCCAGGCAGCACAUUUGCUAUUAGAAAUCUUGAACUUGCCCUUGCAAUGUUGUUGUAUCACUUUGAUUGGAAACUUCCCAGUGGAAUCACAAGUGAAGAAUUGAACAUGAGUGAGGUGUUUGGGCUCACAAUGAGAAGAAAAGAUGAACUGUACCUAGUCCCUUUUCCUUAUCAUCCUUUGCCUGUCAUUUGAACUUCUCUUCAGAAA